AUGUCUGAACUUAAUGCAUUAUUAAAAGAUAUCAACGGUUCGCUCACUUCGACAUCAGAAUCCUUGGAAAGAUUAUCUGGGAUUUAUAGUAAUUCUGAGAUUGAUGAGAAUCCUAAGAGUAACCAACUACAUGAGCAUCUAUUUUCCGACGCUAAGAAGCCAACUGAGAAAGUAUCGCUGCUAUCGUUAAAAAAUGGAAGCAUGUUGGGGUACAUAAAUUCUCUAUUGAUGCUCAUAGGUAAUAGACUAGAUGACAAAUGCAAAGAUCCUUCCGCUAGGGAUGCACGUGAACGCUCUAUCCAACACCGUGUGGUAUUAGAGCGUGGUGUCAAACCUCUGGAAAAAAAAUUAGCUUAUCAAUUGGACAAGCUGACUAGAGCAUAUGUCAAAAUGGAAAAGGAAUACAAAGAUGCUGAGAAACGUGCGUUGGAAAGAACUACCUUGCUGAAUCACGACGACAGCGAAGAUGAUGAGUCUAGCGAAGAUGAAAUAGCAUACAGGCCAAAUACCUCUGGAAUCGUCAACACAAAUAAAAAAUCAUUAUCGUACGGGGCUGAAGAUGCAUCCAAGGAAGGAAACGAGGAAGAAAAUGGUGACAAUGAAUCGGGCGUAUAUAGACCGCCAAAGAUUACCGCUGUCCUACCACCACAACAAACGCAUUUCGAAGACAGAUUUGAUGCCAGAGAACACAAAGAUCGUAGUAACAAAUCGCGUAUGCAAGCCAUGGAAGAAUAUAUCAGAGAGUCAUCAGACCAACCGGACUGGAGCGCAUCUAUUGGUGCUGACAUUGUGAACCAUGGAAGAGGUGGUAUUAAAUCUUCGAGAGACACAGAAAAGGAACGUAGAGUCACUUCAUUUGAAGAAGAUAACUUUACCAGAUUGAAUAUUACGAAUAAAGCUGAAAAGAGGAAGCAAAAGCAAAGAGAAAGAAAUGCAAGGAUGAACGUUAUUGGUGGUGAAGAUUUUGGUAUAUUCAGUUCAAAGAGGAAGCUAGAAGAUAGCACUUCGAGACGUGGGGCGAAGAAGACUCGUUCUGCUUGGGAUAGAGCGCAGAGGAGACUAUAG